AUGUCGGCGGGGUGCGUCUGCCUGGGGGUUUCCCCCGCCCUCGGCAGAAGGCAGAACACGAACCCCACCGGGGGAGGGGCUCGGGGGGUGUCCGAGCACCGGCCUUUCCGGGGCAGAGCCGGGCAGGGCUCCGGGAACGGCCCGGAGGAGCCCGGCGGCUGCGGGACCCGGCCCCGCAUCCCGGAUACGAACGGGUUCGAGAUCCAGAAGAAAAGCUGCUCGUGGCUGCUGGUGACACACGAGCCCUGCGAGAAGCAGGAUGUGAUGACAGCACUGGAGAAAGCCACUGGUGACGUUGUGUUCAAGUUUGAACCAUUUGUUCUUCAUGUGCUAUGUCAAGAGCUGCAAGACGCACAACUUCUGCACUCGGUGGCUGUCGGUGCUGGCUUCAGGAACUCGGGCAUCACCGUUGGCAGAGGAGGGAAAAUUACAGUGGCUGUCCGGAGCACUCAUUGCUUGGAAGUUCCGUUGAGCCACAAGGGGAAGUUGAUGGUCUCUGAAGAAUAUAUUGAAUUUCUGAUACAUGUAGCUAAUCAGAAAAUGGAAGAAAACAUAAGGAGGAUUGACAGGUUCCACAAAAGCCUUGAGCUGGCUUUGAAAACCUAUGCCAGUGCAGACAACUCACCCUCUGAGGAGGCAGAGAAGAGUCGCCCCGUGUACGUCCGCAAAAGAAAGAGGAAGACCUUCCAGCAGCAAGGCCUGGACACCCCACCCAGGGAGCACAGGGGGGAGCUGGAACCUGAGGAGGAUGUGGAAAACAUUCUUGAUGUUUUUGCUGGCAUCAUGAUAUAG